AUGUGUACUGAAGGUCUGAUUCACGAGCUGACUGAAGCAGAGAGGACGGAAAGACUUCAUGGGAUUCAGUUCUCAGACGAAGGACCUAUGAUUCACCAUCUGUUGUUUGCUGAUGACAGUUUGCUAGUAUGCAAAGCCACUGAAGAGCAGGCCACUGUGCUAAUGAAGAUACUUGAAGCUUACGGGAUUGCAACUGGACAAAAGGUGAAUUUACUCAAAUCAGCCAUCACUUUUGGAGCAAACGUGAGUGAUGAAACCAAGGAGGCUGUGAAGAGGAUCACAGGUAUCACACAAGAAGGAGGGACAGGAACCUAUCUAGGUUUACCCGAGUGCUUCAGCGGCUCCAAAACAGAGAUGCUUGCAUAUAUAUAUGACAGACUGAAAGACAGAUUCUCAGGUUAUUUCGCCAGAUGCCUCUCUCAUGGUGGAAAGGAAAUUCUCAUCAAAGCUGUCGCCAUGGCCAUGCCGGUUUAUGCGAUGUCGUGCUUCAAAUUAACCAAAAAGUCAUGCGAGAAUUUGACUAGGGCAAUGGCUGAUUUUUGGUGGAAUUCUCUCGAGCACAAACGCAAAAUACAUUGGAUAAGCUGGAAAGGUGGUCUAGCUUUUAAAGACAUACAAGGGUUCAAUCAGGCUUUAUUGGCUAAACAAGCGUGGAGACUACUUGAUCAACCAUCAUCCCUGUUUGCACGCGUUUUCAAAAGUAGAUAUUAUGAUAAGUCUGAAUUUCUAAGUGCAAGAGAAGGCCACAGACCAUCAUACGCUUGGAGAAGCAUUAUGUUCGGCAGGGAGUUACUACUAAAAGGUAUCAGGAAGCAAGUUGGCAAUGGGAAAUCGAUCUCGGUCUGGUAUGAAACAUGGAUUGUUGAUGGGGUGAUGAGAAUGCCUUUGAUGAAGAACAUUAUGGUGGACCUCGAACUUAAAGUUUGUGAUCUCCUCGACCCGGUCUCAAGAACAUGGCAGAUUGAUAAACUGAAGGAGCUGUUCUUUGAGGAAGACAUCCAACGAAUCCUAAAAAUGAAACCAGUGAUGGAAGAUGAUGAUUACUGGACUUGGGUUCAUAACAAGAAUGGCUCUUAUUCGGUAAGAUCGGGUUACUGGUUAUUUGACAAGCUGAACAUCACAGAGGAAAAGGUGAUUGCGAAUGCCCUGCCAUCUCUUAAUGCCCUUAAGGAAUCAGUGUGGAAGGUGGAGACAGCACCCAAGAUCAGGUCUUUCAUGUGGAGAGCUUUGAGCAACGCUAUACCUACUGGAGAACUUCUUCAGCACAGAGGGAUAAAACUUGAUCCUGUUUGUCAGCUAUGUGGAUUUCAAGGAGAAUCUCCAAAUCAUCUUUUGUUCUCUUGCACUGUGGCGAGACAAGUCUGGGCUCUCUCAAACAUCCCAGUCCCGGAGGGUGGUUUUAGUGAGACGUCCCUAUUCUCAAACUAUUACUACUUGCUUUCCCUACUGAAAAAUGCAGAUGUCCCAAAAGAAAUCAUAAGAAAUUCAAGAAGAAACAGAGCUGGGUUUUUGGCAGACCAACAAGAGAAGGAGAGUGAGCUGGAGAAUCGUAAGGAGCAAGCAAAACUAGCCAAAAAAUGGGUGAAACCACCAGCGACAUGGAUCAAGUGCAAUAUCGGUUUGAGCUUCUCCAAAGUAAAACAAAUGGGGGGUGCGUCUUGGGUUCUAAGGGAUCAUAAUGGUGAAACAUUAAUACAUGCCAGGCGCGCUUUUCUGGGAUUUGCAGAGGAAAUGGAUUUCAAAUUGGCAGCGGUUUUGUGGGUGAUUCAGAGCAUGGAACAGCACAGAAGAAACAGAGUGAUCUUUGCGUUUCAGGAUGAAGAUCUAGUAGGUAUGGUACUGAGACCAAAGGCAUGGCCUUCUUUCAGAUUCAUGAGCUUUGAAAUUUUAAGGUAUUUGGCCAAGAUAGAAUGGUGGCGAAUGGUUAAAGAGGAGAGGAAAACAAAUAGAGAGGCGUUUCUCAUUGCCCAAAGUGUCACUACUUCUAGUAGGCUGCAGUCAUAUGUAGCUUAUGGAGGGCCAAGUUGGUUAAGUGAGCUCUUUGAUGGUGAGAAAACCUAA